GAGCGGUCGGUUGUGUUUCGUCUCCGCUGCGAUUACCGUCCCGAUCUGCUCCACAUUGCCUAGCCAAGCAAGUGGAUCACGCCUUCCGAUCGCCUAUAUAGCCCGAUAUUUGUGCAUAUUAUCCAGAAGUGCAGGCUGCCAUUCCUUAAAUCCAAAUCGUUGCCAUGUGUUGGGUUCCAGUUCUGCCCCAUCGUGACCCCAUUCGUUAAGAAAAAGUGUUUGUGUGAGAAAGUGUGCUUAGUUCUUGGCCAUUUAACGAUUAGUGGCCAUAACGGCAGAGUGUUUGUUUAUUUUGCUGUGCUGUGACCGCACAAAACGAUUCCAAAAAUGAUUGCAUAAUUGGCUUUGGGGCGACAAUUCACGCGAGACGCUCAUCCAUCUCAGCAUAUUUCGAUUUCGAUUCCUAUUCCGUUGCCGUGAUUCCAUUUCGGAGCUAAGUUGCCACCAUGAAGAAGCUGCAUCUGGGUGCCAAGCACAAGGGCAAGUCCUAUAAGCCCUUUAGGAACAAGAACCGUCGGCCAGCAUCAUCAUCAUCACCAUCACCAUCAUCAGCAUUGCAGCAUCUGGUGGUGCUGGUGCUGCUGUUGUCCUCGCACCGGGUCGUCGAAAACAUCGGCAAGAUAUCUUCGUUCGAAGAAGACUACCGGGCUGACAGGCCCAUGGUGCAGCGCGCCUCUUCCUCGGAUGUACCCUCCGUUCAGGGUGGCCAACAUCGAGAGUCUCGAUUUGGCCUUGGAUACCCCUCCUACCAGAGUGGAUACAAUAAACUAUUCACACAGGGUUCUGCCGACUCAAACUACUCACAACCGUCAUCCGAUCUGUCGCUAGACGAGGAAAAGGAAUCGCUUCGGCGAGAAAAGGAACGUCAGGCCUUAAGCCAGUUGGAUAAAGCGAGGAGCAAACCAGUGGCGUUCGCUGUGCGAACCAACGUAGCAUACGAUGGCGCCAUCGACGACGAUUCGCCGGUGCAGGGCGGUGCAGUUUCGUUCGAGAUCCGGGAGUUCCUGCACAUCAAAGAGAAGUACGACAAUAACUGGUGGAUCGGCCGGCUGGUCAAGGAGGGCUGUGAUGUGGGCUUCAUACCCAGCCCCGCUAAGCUAGACAACAUUCGCAUGCAGAACCAAACCAGACCCUCAAGACUGUAUGGCACAAAGGGCUCGUCGAGCGGGAAUCUUGGUGCGGGCGGACAAGCAGGUGCGGAGCCAUCUCGAGGUAGCACACCCCCCACACCUGGUGACGAAUCAGAUUCCAUGGGACCAGGACGACAUGGCAAGACCCCCGUGGCGGCGGCCAACAAGGAGAAGCGCAAGCCGUUCUUCAAGAAGCAGGAAACUGCCAGUCCCUAUGACGUGGUGCCAUCGAUGCGUCCCGUAGUUCUGGUGGGGCCCAGUCUCAAGGGCUACGAGGUGACCGACAUGAUGCAGAAGGCCCUCUUUGACUUCCUUAAGCACCGAUUCGAGGGUCGGAUCAUCAUUACGCGGGUUAUGGCCGAUAUCUCUUUGGCCAAACGCUCCAUCAUGAACAAUCCCUCGAAGCGGGCCAUCAUGGAGCGAUCCUCCAGCCGGAGCGACUGCCUCGGCAAGGUGCAGGAGGAAAUCGAGCGCAUCUUCGAGCUGGCCCGCUCGCUCCAGCUGGUCGUGCUCGAUUGUGAUACAAUCAAUCAUCCGUCACAACUAGCAAAAACUUCAUUAGCGCCAACAAUAGUGUACUUAAAGAUUAGUAGUAGUAAGGUUUUACAGCGUUUGAUCAAAUCACGUGGCAAAUCGCAGGCGAAAAACCUCUCCGUUCAAAUGGUUGCCGCCGAGAAGCUAGCCCAAUGUCCACCGGAUAUGUUUGAUGUAAUCCUAGACGAGAAUCAGCUGGAAGACGCCUGCGAGCACAUUGCCGAGUACUUGGAGACCUAUUGGAAGGCAACCCACCCAGAUAUACGAGCAGUACCGCCCAUCGCCCGCCCAUUGCCGCAAGAGGCUUCACCAUCCGCCGAUCCCGCGCGUCUGGGUCCGACGCCACCAGUAGAUGGCGAGGAGUUUAUCGAUGAGCAGGAACCCAGGAUGGGCAUGUCCGGCGGAGAACGGGAGGGCAGUCGGGAGCGUGAUCGCGAUAGCAGGGAAAGGGAAAGGGAGCGCGAGAGGGAGCGGGAUUAUUGGGAUCGGGAGUUCAACAGAGAUCGCAGCUCCAAGGAUCGGGAAAGGGACCUCGAGUGGGAGCGAGAGAGGGCACGCGAGUGGGAGAGAGAGCGGGAACGAGAUUGGGAUAGGGAGUUCGAUUGGGACCAAGGAGGAACCUCUUACCAGCACAGCCGCCGACAACCGACCUCGAGUCGCCAUCAGGAGCGUGGUGGUGGCGUGGGAGCCGGCGGCGGAGGUGGCGGUGGUGGCUAUGAGCGGGACCGCGAAAGGGAGCGGUACGAUCGGCGCGAGCGUGACCUCAUGCACUACGACCUGAACAGCGACGAGCUGCUGGACGAGCGCAACUUUGAAUAUCCGGCGAUGAGGAGCGGUCCCAGCGGCGCCUCCCACCACGGCCAUCUGUCCAGGGGCGGACGCCUACUGGACGAUCCGGACUUUGAGCGCGAAGAGGCCCAGAUGAGGAUGAGCAGCUCCCGCUAUGGACCCUCGACCCGGAUCGACGACCCCCGUGACCUGCCGCGGGGAGCCACCGUUGUCGAUCGCGAUGAAUACAGUCCGCACAGAGGUGGUGGGAGUAGUAGGAGAAUGCUUAAUGCCAUGUCCAGACCGUUGGGCCUGCCCCGUCAAUCCUCCCUGCCCAGUAAUAGAGCACCCAUGUCCUAUCUGCCACGUCAGUCUUCAUUGGGCACCCAUUGGUUAUCCUCCUCCUCCCAGAGCACUCUGGAUUCAGGACCCCAAUCUCGCCGAGAGCUUUAUCCACUGCUGCACCAGCCGCAGUUAUAUCCCCAGGCCCGAACUCAAUACACCCAUUCGUACACAUCCUCACAGCCGCCCCAGCACACAAGUCAGUCGCGUUCGCAGUCGUCACAUGCCCACUCUCAGUAUCGAUACUCCGUGCAGGACACGUCCUUCGCCCACCCACCAAGAUCGCUGCGCGAGGAGUUCCUCAGUCCCACCAUGAGCAAGGUCGAAGCUGUCACGCACGCCAUUCGGAACAAGAUCAUCGUGGAGGAAGACGAAGAGGAUAUCCUGAGCACGGAUCGGUUCUAUUAAAGAGAUUUCAGUCGCCACCCCGCGUCGCUUAGGUUUUGGGUAACACUUUUCCGGGGGCAAGUUAGCAAAUGCGCAGCAGUGCCAAAGACACACGACACAUUUGUAAAUGUUCCAUUCGAUGAUCAGAUCAAUUUGUUAGUUAAAAACCACACACGAACACGAACACUAAACAGAAACACACACGAAAAGUAACAAAGGUUAAAGUUAAUGAGAGCGUUUAAAGUGGCGGUUAGAGCAAACGUUAAAACAAACCAAGGAAGCAGCCCAAUGCCAAGUGGGGCCUUAUGUGUCUUAAAUGCUAUAGCUAAGUGUAAUCAGAUUUUAUUUGAAUAAUGUGAAUUUAAAUUAAAUGGUCUAAGCCUAAGAUUUAAGCUAGUCGACAGUUGAAAAAAAAAAAAAAAAAACUAAUUAAAAGUUAAAGGGGAGUCUGCAGCCACCCAACAGGAUUUGUUGGUCUCGUAUUUGUUAUGCAAUCGAUUGACUAAGUAAAUAAAUAAGUGUCAGCUUUAAUAAUUUAGUGAACGUGUCUUAAUCUAAGUCGAGCCACACAAACACAAACACACUCCUAACACACACACACACACACUCAAUUGACU